AGCGGCCCCGGUGGCGCGCGGAGGGGCAGGGUCCGGUGCGGGCCGGGGGCGGCGGCGGACGCGGGGCCGGCGGCCGUUGCCUGUGGGACUGACCCCCCCCGCCGGCUGCGGGCACCUUCCAAGUCUUUCUGCUGGAGAGCGUGGGAUCCGCCUCGGCGCUAGCCUGCUGGGGUUUACUGGUUGUUAAGUAGACUUCAAAGCGGUGUGACAUCGCUGCGCCAGUCCCUUCCUUCCUGAGAAAGGGUAGCUGCUUUCUGAGCCAUCACAUACCAACUUCAUGUAUUCCUAAGAUUGUCAUCAGCUGCUUGGGUUUUUUUCUGAGGCCUUACUGAGGUUUAAUUAUUUAUAGGCUGUAGUGGUUAUAAAGUAAUUUAAGAUGUUUGUACUACUCUGUUUUAACUCUCUAAUUGACUCUUGUAUUAAGAGACAUUGUUUUAACUUGGGAAUGGUUAAAUGGCCAAAGAAUUCAAUUAUUUACGGAUAAGGGCUAUUUUAUGUGACUACUGUUGGCCUGCAACUUAAACUUGCAUCUUUUAUUUUUUUUUAUCCUAUGCUUUUUCUGUGUUAUGGCUGCUGCAACAAUAGUUCAUGAUACAUCAGAAGCUGUAGAGCUCUGUGCUCCCUGUGGGUUAUACCUUAAACCCAUUACAAAAAUGACCAUCAGUGUGGCACUUCCUCAGCUGAAACAACCGGGAAAAUCCAUUUCGAACUGGGAGGUGAUGGAAAGAUUGAAAGGGAUGGUGCAAACUCAUCAGUUUUCCACUCUGCGGAUUUCUAAAAGCACAAUGGAUUUCAUCCGGUUUGAAGGAGAGGUUGAAAACAAAAGUUUGGUUAAAUCUUUUCUGGCAUGCCUUGAUGGCAAAACAAUAAAGCUGAGUGGCUUCUCUGACAUUUUGAAAGUCCGUGCUGCGGAAUAUAAGAUUGACUUUCCCACCAGACAUGACUGGGACUCGUUUUUCCGUGAUGCAAAAGAUAUGAAUGAAACUUUGCCAGGUGAAAGGCCAGAUACUAUUCACUUAGAGGGCUUACCUUGUAAGUGGUUUGCAGCAAAGGAGUCUGGCUCGGAAAAGCCAAGCGAAGAAGUCCUUAUAAAAGUGUUCAAGAAAUUUGGAGAAAUACGUAAUGUGGACAUACCCAUGCUGGACCCUUACAGAGAAGAAAUGACUGGCAGAAAUUUUCACACUUUCAGUUUUGGAGGCCAUUUAAAUUUUGAAGCUUACGUUCAAUAUCGAGAGUACGCAGGUUUCAUCAAGGCUAUGAACGCUCUGCGAGGGAUGAAGCUGAUGUAUAAAGGCGAUGACGGCAAAGCAGUGGCUUGCAACAUAAAGGUUUCUUUUGACUCGACAAAACACCUCAGUGAUGCAUCAAUUAAGAAACGUCAGCUUGAAAGGCAAAAGCUUCAGGAGCUUGAAAAACAGAGAGAAGAACAAAAACGUAAAGAGAAAGAAGCUGAGGAAAAACAAAAAGAGGAAGAAAGGAAGCAGAGAGAGCUUGAAGAAUAUGAGAGAGAGAGAAAAAGAGAAGAAAAGUUGCGCAAGAGAGAACAGAAGCAGAAAGAUCGUGAAGUUCGACGAAACAAAAAGCAACUUGAAAAGCUUCAAGCUGAAGAACAGAAGAAACUGCAAGAGAAGAUAAAGUUAGAAGAAAGGAAGCUCCUGUUAGCUCAGAGAAAUCUUCAGUCCAUUAGACUAAUUGCAGAACUGCUAAGCAGGGCAAAGACAGUAAAGCUUUUGGAGCAAGAACAUAAUGAAGAAAAGAUUCGUCUUCAGCAGCUAGAGGAGAGACGAAGGCUCCAGGAGGCUGAACUCAAACGUGUGGAAGAGGAAAAAGAGAGAGCACUAGGGUUGCAGAGAAAAGAAAAGGAACUGAGGGAGAAACUACUGAACAAUCUUCUGAGUAAGAAAAUGGAUGCAGUUAAUCAAAACAAAGAAGAAACUGAAGCAUCUCAGUCUGAUGUGCUGAAAACCCCUAGUGGUGUUCCACACACCGUGUCAUCCAGCUGCAUCACUUCUACCUCGGGACAGGCUGUUACAGGCAAACUGGCUCCCAGCUCUCAAAGAGAAGUAGCAUCCACUGAGAACGUAAACACUCAAUGCAAGUACUUGAAUGGUAACAUUCAUGACAAAGUGCAUGUCAAAGAAGGUCAGAAACUUCAUACGACAAACUCUGAGAGGUGUUCUGAGAAAAAAAAUUCAGGGGUACUCUCAUGUGUUCCCACCAAUAACCAGCAGCAGAAGAGCCUCUCCAGCUACGACCAGAAUACCUGUAGAAAGGACUCACACUGUGAGCAGGGCAAACGUAGCACAGAGCCAAGGAGAAGAAAGAGCCGUUCAUGUAGCAGCAUAAACACUGAUGAGAGUAAGGGUAAACGGGAGAGGAGCAGACACAGAAGAGAUGUGAGUUAUCAGGAUGAAAAGCGCAGGAAAGAAAGGAGAUAUUAUAGACACUCUAGCAGAAGUUACAGUCCUCGACGAAGCCAUAGUCCUCGUCGAAGAAGUGUAAGCCCCAGACGCUCACGUUACAGAAGAACUCGCAGUAGUGAACGUAAACGAGACAGAAGAGAAAGAAGUCAUAGUCGCAGAAGUGUGAGCAGGAGACGAAGGCACCGGAGGAGAUCACUGACAGCUUCAGGAAGAAAAGCCUGAAAGUGCUUUUGAUGCUACUUGCAAAUGCUUACUUUCCAAAAUGCAGAGGGAAUGUGGAAGAAGUCCUCUUUCAGUCAGCCAGCUGAACCCAAUCAAAACUUCUUAAAACUCCAAGUACCUAAAGUUGCCCAGUAACUGCUCGGUGCAGAGUUCAAUCUAGUCUAACACUUAGCAGUAUUGUUGCUUCAGGUAUGUGUUUUGCACCAAAGCUCUCCGGAAUGUUUUCAGUGCUGAAUCCUCUGAAAUGGGUAUUUCGUCAUGUGUCUUUGUACUAGGUCUGGCUGUGAUGGAGUUAAUUUUGUUCAUAGCUGCUGAUAUGGUGCUGUGUUUUGGAUUUGUGACAAAUGGCAUUGAUAACACACCAGUGCUUUACCUAUUGCAGAGCAGUGCUUGUACAGCAUCAAGGCCUUCUCCAUUUCCCAUUUUGUGCACGCCCUCCUGAAUGGGUAAGCUGAGGUUGGGAGGGGACACAGUUGGGACAGCUGACCCCAGCUGAUCAAAGGGAUGUCCUGUGCCAUAUAACAUCAUGCUCAACAAUAAAAAUGGGGGCUUUUGUCUUUCCAAGGUAGCCAUUGCUCCAAGACUGGCUGGGCAUCAGUUUGCUUGUGGUCUUCAUUGAUGAUGGGCUUUGAACUGCAAGGAAACCUGAAAAGAGUUGAAACUGUAAUCUUUUAAUAACGUCACAAAUAUAAAUUAUGCCAUGCCCAAUACCAUUUAUUCAGGUUUUUAUUAUGGCUGAGGUAUGUGCUUCUACUACUGCAAAAACCUCGCUGGUGCAAUAACUUAAAGAAUAUAACUUCUGAUAGUAAACAAUUGCUCUUUCUUCUGUAUUGUUUAUAAAGUCAGUACGUUUCUACCAAGUGUCUUUUAGGGGUCUUAGUGUUUCAAAUGAAAGAAUCUAGGAUACCAGCAGGCUUUAUAAUGGCUUCUAGAAGCUGAAGUACCAAAGUUACUGGUAUUUUUCCCUACUCUGGAAGAAUGUUGUGAUGCUGAUUGCUUAAAUCUUACCUGAUUGCUUGGAUUUGCAAGACUGGAGCAGGAGCUGUCUAAAAGCAGAUAAAAUUAGCUGGUCUUUUUUCUUCUAUUUCAGUGUAUGUCUGUUGCGUGACCUUGAAUUCAUAUGAAAAGAUAAGUAUUUAAUGUCUAUCCUUUGCUGUUUUAGCUGCUUUAAAGCAAUGUCUUUUUGGAUGGACUUCAAACUUUGAUCAACAAACUUUGGCCUAAUUAAUGAAGGAGUUCCAAUAAUCCACACUCCUGUUCUUGUUUAAUUAUUAAAUUCACAGUGCUUAAAUCACACUGUAGUCACAAGCUCUGAUAUAAAUGUUAAGGAAACUGAAGAGUAUAGGAUUUAGCAACUAAUACUUAUCAAAGACAUACCAAACUAAUAAAUACUUCUGAAACAUUGGAUUUAUGUUGGUAUGGCUGAAUAUUGGAUAGAGUCUGACUUAGCUACUAUGCUGUCUCUACUUUCAGACCCUUAGCUGCUACAAAUCCAAUCCAAUGAGAAUGUCUGCAAAGUUAUCUGCCUGUUUACUUCUGAAACUGAUCAGUGAGGAUUAUGUACCAGUGGUAACCUGACUCUCCUUGCCUGGGCUUGUCAUGAGUUGCAUGUUACUUAUGUCCCAUUGUGUCAAAGUUACAUAUCUUACUCCAUUUGUCUGUCAAUAUUCAGGGUUUGGUUUUGUUUUGGUGGCUUCGUUCCCCUGGGUUGUAAGCAGGAAUAUAGAUUUAUUCACUGUUCUUAUCAGAACGUCAAGGAUCUGGGUGAGCAAGACUGUAAGUCUUUGUUUCUUCUCCAUUAGACUACCGUUUGAAAAGUUGGAGCCUGGAUGUCAGCUUUCAUCUUGACUGAAUGCAUGGCAGCCCCAGGGGUAUAGGGUAGAGAGGGGGAAAGAAAUCCUUGAAGAUGAUGGAAGACGUCAGUACAAGUAAUUCCUCCAGAAGUGUUGAGCUUAUCCAAUGCAUUUGACUUCAUUUUUCUGUCCUGCUUUCAAACUCUGGAGCUCUUCCUAUGCCAUUGCAAAGCCAAGAACUCAGAUAGUUCCCAACUUAUUGCUCUGUGUCAGGCAGCCAUACUUGUCAAUUUUAAGCUUACUUUAAGAUCAGCCUUUGUUGCUGGGGAAAGCUCAGGUUCACUUUUUACUGGUAUGUUUUUUUUUUCCUUCAGCAGUGGAAAAAUUUCCUCGGUGAGCAGGACUGGUGUGGUGUAACUACGGGGUGUAAAUCCCAUCAAGCCGUGGAUCAGGCAGCUCCACAGUACAGCACUGUGUUCGUACCUGCUGGAAAGCCUUGGCAGCAGUGAGAGACUUCUGAGCCCUAUUUCGCUUACUGAGUCUCAAGAGAUGCUUAGGGUUUCUUCUGAUAUUGUAGCUCUGUUAAGUCACACGAUGAGACAGGAAGAGAGUUUUCUCAGUUGUGAGGAUGCACCUCUCUUCUUGCACUCAGCUCCAGGAGAGAUUUCACAUGUGUCACCACAGAACACAAUGUCUCCCUUUUGUCCUCAUAGAGGUGCCAGGAGGAUAGGAUCGAGCCAGUGGGAGCCCACGUUCCUCUUGAGGAUGUGUAGGGUUCAGAAUUGCAUUAAUCAUCUAAUGAUACAAGGCAGCGUGUGACCUCUUCCCCUUUGAGGAUGAGGGCCCUGCUUAUCACAGACUGCUUGCAGCAAGGUCUGAGCUGAAGGGGGUGGGAAGAUUGUGGGCCAAAGCCCCUGAGCCUCCCUGUGCUGUACAGGAGCUGGUGCAUGCUGUCCCUGCGCGUGCUGUUGCCUCACCAAGGCACGGGCAGCCAGGAGUAGUUUUCCUGCAGCCCUUGGUAAGCAAAGAACAUGAGCCUCAAAAGGAUAAGAAAUCCAAGUUCUGUUGCUAUGGACAGUGUUACCACAUAGUCCCAUUCUGAUCAUUAAAGAAGAAUGUCUCCUCUUUCUAUCUGAGGGCUGAUGAGCCUCUGCACUUACCAGCCUUUUGGCCUGCAAUUUCCUUUUUAUCUCCUGGCCUCAGCCUGCACGAGGUGGCUCAGGAAGCAGCUUAUUCAACAGAAACAACAGCAUCUCCACAAGGGCAAGGCCAAGCCCUUCUAUAUGAUUGUUGUGCUUUCCAUCUACUUACUGCCUGCUGUGGUAAAGUAAUUUUGAUAAUGUAUAAAUCAUAUUGCCAGAAGUAAUUGAUAUUAGUAAGAAGUGGUUACCAAAGCUGUGACUAUAUCCGUGUUUUUUUCUAAUUGACUCUACCUUUGUAGAGUAAUCUAGUCAAUGACCUAGAAAAAGGGCAUAUGCAUGAUUAUGUAUGCAUAUAAAAAACAUUUGAUAUGUUAUCUGGAAGCAUCAUCUUGAAAACUGUUAGAGAAAAUGGGAAUUUUUGCAGUGGCUCCCAAAAUUGUGAGCGCAGGACUGUACCAGGGACUGCAAGGCUAUAAACACAAACCAGUGAGAGUUGAUCACUGAUCCAUGCUACCUGGACAUCACACCAGUAUCAGCUUUAGGGCAUUUCUUAAACAUGUAUAGGAUUGUGUUACAGACUAUUGCAGCUGCUCAUGUUUCAUAGCACAGGUAGAGAUGUUGUUAGAUUCUAUGUAAGACAGCAAUUAAACCAACUAGUUUGGCAGAUGCCUUAAUUCAUAAAUGAGUGAGCAAACUUGACCACUGAUAUCUUGUAUUGCUAUACAAGUUAAGGGGUUUUUAUUAUAAUGAAGAGGAAAUAUAUGUAUUGCCUGUGUUUUGAUCUGGUAUCCUACCUUUGAAGUUUGGUUAUGAUCUGGAUACAACACCUACUGCAUUAAGCUUAUGUUGCAUUCUGUUGAUCUGGCCCUUCCCCAGCCCAAUAGAUGUGUUAUUUGCAGAAUGUGUCUUUACAUUCUAAUACAUUCUAUGUACUCUUUACAUGUGAGCUGCCUCACAAUAAAUUUGCAAGGUUGUCUCUAGUGUUUGUAUGAAGCA